AACAACAACAACAAACCACAUCGCCUCGAAAAGGUGGGAGCAAUUGAUCGAUCCGUGGGGCGUGCUUUCGUGUUCACUUUUCCCCUAAAACGUUAUCAACCCUGCACGAUGGAUCUCGAGCAGAUUCAUCAGGAAGCGCGCCAGGCGGCCCUGAACGAGGUGAAGAACAUGUUUCAGCGCUCCAACCAGAUGGAGAAGGUGGACCAGUAUCGACGGCGCAUCUAUCGCAAGAACCUAUCCAUGGACGCACAGCUGAAAUCGUGCAUGCAGAACCAAACGGACGAUGUGAAGAUAGGCGUAAAGAAGCUGCAGACCGCCCUGGAUCAGAUACAGGAGAUCGGCGACCGGAUGAAAAACGCGUUCGCGAUGCUCACCGACGUGCCGGCCGUGUACGAUACGCUCGAGAGCGUGCGGGACGAAAAUGCCAAACAUUCCCAGUACAUGACGGCGAUGGAAAACCUGAAGCACAUCUUCACCGUCCAGUCCAGCGUGGACAAGGCGAUGCAGUGGAUCGAGGAGGAUAAGCUGCUGCACGCCCACCAGUGUCUGUCCGAUCUGGAGAACUCGCGCGACGAUCUGCUGUACGAGCUGCACAAGCUGCCGAAACAGAACGCCCACGAUAAGAUUACGCUCAAGCGGUACUUCGAAAAGGUGGAGACGGUUUCGGUGACGCUGGAGAAGAAAAUAAGGCUCGUGCUGCAGCGUACGCUCAACACGGUGCGCAAGGAGCCGACCGUGAUCGUUACGGCGCUGCGCAUAAUCGAGCGCGAGGAGAAGGCCGAUGCGUUCGCGCUGCAGCAGCAGAAAAAUACGGGCUUCAUAGCGCCCGGGCGACCGAAACGCUGGCGCCAAAAGGCACUGGAUGUGCUGAACGAGGCGGUGGUGCAGCGCAUCGAAGGAUCGAAGCUGGAGGAACGGUCCGACAACAAGAUGUGGCUGGUGCGGGAUCUCGAGCUGACCAGGCAGUUCCUGCUGGAGGAUUUGCGCGUGGUAAAGUCGCUCUGCGUGCCUUGCUUUCCUCCGCACUACAACAUACUGAACGAGUACGUGAAAAUGUACCACAACGCAAUGUCCAAAUAUCUCGAAGAACUCAUACAAACAGGGCUGGAGGGUAACGAGUACGUGACGAUACUGUCCUGGAUUAUGAACACCUACCCCGGCCGGGAGUUGAUGCAACAUCCCGACCUCCUGAUUGACCUGUCCGACGUUGGGCCGCUGGUAAGCAAGCAGCGCCUGCACGAGAUGGAAACGGCCUACCUGCGCACGAUGGAACGGAACUACCAGGAGUGGAUGACCAAGACGCUGGAAACGGAGAAGGCGGACUGGAUCAACGGUGUCGAGAUGGAAACGAGCGACCAGUACUACCACACGUCCGCCCCGAUGAUCAUCUACCAGAUGAUUGAUCAAAAUCUGCAGGUCACCAACACGACCCACUCGGACCUGACGUUCAACGCGCUCAUACUAAGCAUCCAGCAGAUGACCAAGUACGGUCACAUCUACCGCACCGCCGUGAUCGAGUACAAGGAGCGCCAUUUCCGGGACCGCAGCCAAGCGCCCUUCUUCACCCAGCACAUCAUCACGAUCGUGAACAACUGUCAGCAGAUGAUUGAAAUUGCCCAGCAGCUGAAGCAACUCUACUGGCCGAAAUCGAAAACGCAACACUACGAAGAGUUUGAAAAGCUCGUCAAAACGUACCAAACGCUGCGGGACGAAACGGGCCUUGUGCUGCUAGAGGAAGCGUUCCUCGAUCUGGAAGGACACUUCAACGAGCUGUUCACCGCCAAGUGGACCACCUCGUCCGUGUCGGUCGAUACGAUCUGCGUCACGCUGGAGGACUACUUCCAGGACUACAACCAUUUGCGCACCGCCAACUUUGAGUACGUGAUCGGCGAGGCGCAGAAAAUGGUCGCCAAGCGGUACAUCAGGGCGAUGCUUUCGAAGCGGCUGAACAAAAACCGGGCCGAGUGUGAGGUGCUGGCGAAGAAAAUCGCCAAGGAGGCGAAGCAGAUCAAGGUGUUCUUCGAAAAGGUGGCCCCGAACGUGGCGAAGGGUGACUCACCGAUUGAUGUUAUUUCCAAUCUGGCCGGGCUGCUGAACUGUGACGCGGAGAUGCUGGUGCUCGAUCUGCACUCGGUGCUGUCGUCAUACCCGUCGAUUACGGAAGACCAUCUUGUACGGUUGUUCUAUCUGCGGAAUGAUUUUAAGAGCAGCGAGCUGAAGGAGAAGGUGCAGGAUGCGUUGGUUUCGCGCAAGUCGACCAUCAGCCACGACAAGCAGGACGCAAUUUUCAAGGAGAUUGUGUUUUCCGAUAAGCUGUGGUAGGGGCGAACAUGGAUAUUAGAUGUUAUCGUAUUAUUUCUUAUGUUAUUAAGCGUAAUGUUAUCAAUAUACACAUUCUACCUAACAUUA